UCGAGUUUGUUUUUGCAGGACCUUUUGGAACAAAUAUUCAAGCUAUUUGACCAGGAGAGGGCCCAGUGUCUACAGCAGGAGAAUUGGAUUGAAUUCCUGAAACAGCGGCUCACAAAUGAGAAACAAAUCGAUUUUGCCGAGCAACUGGAAAGUGUAGCGUAUUGUUUAUGUGGAGAUGAACCAAUAAAAAUACAUCAGUUCUAUCAAAUUUUUAACGCCAAGGGGAUCAGUGAUAAAUUAUUCAGGCUAUUAGAUGAUAAUAACGUUGGUAUUUUAACAUCAGAACAAAUUAUGGAGUUCUUAGCUACCAUAACUAACACCAGUCCUCGUACAGGCAUCGAUCAAGGCAAUUUGGAUAGAUUGGAACAAUUAUUCAGACAAACUGUCGGCAAUGAAAAAGAAAUUAAAAGAGAAGAUUUUCAGAAGAUUGUUAUAUCGAAAAAUCCUUUUUUUACCGAAAGAGUUUUUCAAAUUUUCGACAAAGACAACUCCGGAUCGAUUUCUUUGCAAGAGUUCAUGGAUUCUAUGCAUCAGUUUGCAGGCCAAACUCCCGAUGAUAAAAUCAGAUUUUUAUUCAAAGUCUACGAUAUUGAUGGUGAUGGUCUUAUUCAGCACAAAGAAUUACAACACGUAAUGAGAGCGUGUAUGGAAGAAAAUGGUAUGCAAUUUAGCGAAGAGCAAAUCGAAGAUCUAACGGUCGCCAUGUUCGAAGAUGCCGAUACGAACAACAGGGGUGCCAUUACUUAUGAGGCUUUGAAAAGUCAAUUGGAAAAACACGGUGGAUUAUUAGAGAACUUGUCGAUCAGUAUCGACCGAUGGCUGGUGCCACCUCAACCAACAAAUUCACCAAACUCAAAAUCCGUUAUUAGGAAAAUGUUAUCCUACAGACCCUAUUAUCUAACGAUACCCUAUCUUAGAAACAACUUGGUCUACCUCAUAUUUCUGUUUGGAUUCAUUUUAGUCAAUUUAGGACUGUUUUUUUCCAGAUCGAUACAGUAUCGAGACUCGAAUUGGUUCACGAUUUUUGCUAGAGCAUGUGGACAAUGUCUAAAUUUCGAUUGUGCGUUUAUUUUGAUCCUAAUGUUGCGCCGAUGUAUAACCUUUCUGAGAACCCGAGGGUAUGGCAGCGUGCUACCUCUGGACCAGCACAUUUACUUCCACAAAAUCGCUGGAUGGCUAAUUUUCGUUCUCAGUUUUUGGCAUUCGGUUAUGCACACCUUCAAUUUCACUCUAAUAGUAGUCAACGAUCCAUCAGUAAAUGGUAGGAACUUAACGACCAGCGAAUGGCUUUUCACAACCAAACCUGGAAAAUUUGGUUUAAUUGAUGGCUGUGCUAAUCCCACAGGCGUUGCACUAUUUUUUAUCCUUUUAGUUAUGUUUAUUUGUUCCCAAUCCUUUGUACGUCGUGGAGGUUGUUUUGAGGUAUUCUAUUGGACCCAUCUCAUGUAUAUUCCAUUCUGGAUACUUUUAUUGUUACACGGACCAAAUUUCUGGAAGUGGUUCAUUAUACCCAGCCUGGGAUAUUUGAUAGAAAGAAUAUCAAGGAUCGAUACUGUGUCCAGCAAAGGAAAAACUUAUAUCAGCUCUGGACUUUUGCUUCCAUCGAAAGUAACGCAUUUGGUUAUAAAGAGGCCGCUACAAUUCGAUUUUCAUCCCGGUGAUUAUAUUUUCGUGAAUAUUCCUGCUAUUGCCAAGUACGAGUGGCAUCCAUUCACUAUUAGUAGUUGUCCAGAACAAGACGAUUAUAUGUGGCUUCAUAUUAGAGGUGUAGGCCAAUGGACUAAUCGUCUUUAUGAAUACUUUGAAACAGAGCAAGAAAAACUUCAUAGCGGUGAAAUUGGACCGGUGACGUCAUCGUGUAGUAGUAACCCAGCUAAUAAUAACACUCAAACUCCUCCUUCUUCUAACGCUCUAACUCAAAUCAGAGCCACUAUCACAAGAACUUUAUCGAGAAGGGAUAAGGAUCAUAAUAAAAAAGCGGCCGGUAUUCAGCUGGUUGGAUUUUCAAAUGACACUUUUGAGCACUCUGACGAACCACCGAAAACUCCUCAGGGAGAUGCGACUUUUACUAUUAGAUCAGUUCCUAAUUCGAUAGAUAAUAGACCAAAAAGAUUGUCACCAGAAAAUCGCUUGCAACGUCUAAUAUUCGCUAAAAGGGCGCCACUAGAGAAAUCCUUGUCACUGCCUGAUGUACAAAAUAAUGCGAAGAAACGAGAAAGGAUGUUAGCAUUAAGAGAAUAUAUGCGUUCAGAAUCAGAGAAAAGUUUUGAUCAGUGCCAAAUGAGAAGAGCCCGCAUGAAAUCACUAGGCCUGGCAUAUCUGAGCCCUCAAAAUAAAAGCUUAGCUCAAAGUUUCAGAUACAUGCGACACAAACCUACGAUAAUUGCCUUUAAAACUCCGAGUUUAGAAAAUUGCGAUAAACAAGAAUCUAGCAAUUCAUUUGUAUCACUGGAUCAACAUAGUUCUUACUACAGUCCCGAAAGAAGAGCUGAAGAAGGAAAAUCUUUUCAGUUGCACGAUAUAACAGCCGCUGAUCCGAAAUUGAAGCAUAUUAAUUAUCCUGUUGGUAAACCAUUGGAGAUUUACCUCGACGGGCCUUAUGGAGCUCCAUCGAGUCACAUUUUCAGAGCUCAACAUGCUGUUUUAAUAGCCACUGGAAUAGGAGUUACUCCAUUCGCCUCAAUUCUACAAUCCAUAAUGCACAGAUACUGGAAAGCGAGGCACACUUGCCCUAAAUGCAAAUUUUCGUGGGCUUGCGAUAUUCCUGCGUCAGUUAUGAAUUUGAGAAAAGUUGAUUUUUUCUGGAUUAACCGCAAUCAACGAUCCUUUGAGUGGUUUGUUAAUCUACUAUCUCAACUUGAAAUUGAGCAGGCUGAACUUGGAGGUGCAAUGGAAAGAUUUUUGGAAAUGCACAUGUACAUUACCAGUGCCUUACAAAAAACCGAUAUGAAAGCAGUUGGACUUCAACUAGCUCUGGAUUUGUUGCAUGAAAAAGAAAAACGAGACCUUAUCACCGGACUCAAAACAAGAACAAAUGCGGGAAGACCUAACUGGGACAAAGUUUUCAAGCAAAUAUCAGAUCAGAAAAAGGGUAAAGUGACAGUGUUCUACUGCGGCCCUCCACAAUUAGGAAGGAUUUUGAGAGUAAAAUGUGAUCAGAAUGGAUUUGUAUUUAGAAAAGAAAGUUUUUAAUCUCAAACACUAUUAAAAAAAAUAAGUCAAAGGAAACAAAAAUUUAGUGUUAAUUAAAUUCUAAUUGAUACUUUUACACGAUUCACGUAUUUUCAUUUACACAGGCAUUUACCACAUAAAAUUGAGUCAUAAGUUAUGUUUUAUGUAUAUUUAUAAUUUUUUUUCUGUAAUUUUUGUCAAUAUGUAGCUAUGUAAAUUAUUAUAGCUUUUAAAUAAAUGUACCUACACACUGUAGAUAAUUAUAUUAAUGUAUAAAUAGUAUGGAUGAGUAAUUUUAAUUUUUGAUUUCUAUUGUGCAACAAAUAAAAAUCACAAUAAUUAGACAAUACAUUCGUUUUAAGAAGUAGUUUUAUUUUUUGAAUCCCUUAAAGAUAUUUUUCCUUAGAUAAUUAAAAUUAACAAUGACAAUGACAAAUUUCAAUUGGCUAGAUAUUGUCCAUCGUUUUUAAUCCGACACUUUCCGUAUGAGAAGCGAGGGGGUGAAGCAUAUGGCAAAAACAGGUGUGACAUCAGAUGACCAUUGGCGUUCUAACAUAGAAAGCCACCAGCUCACAUUUGUUUGGAGUAUCAGAUUAAAAUCGUCGGACUCUACAUAAAAAGAGAUCAAUCAUUUUUUACUUACAAUAAUAAAAAAAUCUAUUCUCUAUUCACUUGAGCAGCCUUCAAGCUUCUUAAAGCCAUCUCAAUAGCACCAUCUUUAGUCUUGUUCCCACCAAUAAAACCAGAGGCAUGGCAAAAAAUGCACCCAUCAAUUUUAGCAAUGGCGCUCAGUUCUUCAUCACGGACGCCUCUCCAGUCUUUAUGUAAAA